CUCUCUCUCUCUCUCUCUCUCUUCUCUCUCUCUCUCUCUCUCUCUCUCUCUCUCUCUCUCUAUCACUCACCAAAAGAGAAAAAAUAAAAUCUUUGAUUUCUUUCUCACUUCAAACAAAAAAAUCUCGUGAUAUAAUUUUAUUCUUGAUUCUCUCGAAAUCUCCUCACAACAAACCCCGAAACUUACCGUGAUUCACAAGUUCUUCUUCCUUUUAUAAUCCCUUUCAUUUCGUUUUCUUGAUGCGAACAUAGAGAAAAAAAAAACUAAAAUGAUGGAAGAAUAUUUUGAUUUUCGACCACUGAAGUACACAGAGCACAAAACAUCAGUCACUAAAUACACCAAAAAGUCACCGGCAAAAAAUCCCUCCGGCGAAACUCGACCUGACUCAGUGAGAAUCGUUCGUGUCUCUGUAACCGAUCAUUACGCAACCGAUUCAUCAAGUGACGAAGAAGAAGAAGAAGACUUCCUCUUUCCUCGCCGGCGAGUCAAGAGAUUCGUUAACGAGAUCAAAGUCGAGCCAGCCUGCAACAACAACAACAUCAAUACCACCGGAGUUUCAAUGAAAGACAGGAAGAGACUCUCCGAUGAAACUCAAUCUCCGGCGACCAGUCGUCACCGUCGUCCACUCAAGGUAUCAAUCCCCUCCGCUCACAAUGGGAGGAAAUUCCGCGGCGUUAGACAACGGCCGUGGGGGAAAUGGGCGGCGGAGAUUCGCGACCCCGAGCAACGUCGGAGGAUUUGGCUUGGUACUUUCGAGACGGCGGAGGAAGCCGCCGUGGUUUAUGAUAACGCUGCCAUUAGACUCCGUGGACCGGACGCUUUAACCAAUUUCUCCAUACCGCCUCAGUCUCAAGAAGAAGAAGAAGAAGAACCGGAAAACCCGGUUAUUGAUAAACCGGAAAACAACAUUACAACGACAACAACAACAACAACAACAUCCAGUUCCGAAUCAACCGAAGAUUUUCAACAUCUUUCAUCUCCUACAUCGGUUCUCAAUAUCCGACCAUCGGAAGACAUUCAACAACCGUUUAAAUCAGCUAAACCGGAACCAGAAACUUCAGAUGCACCAUGGUGGCAUACCGGGUUUAGUUCCGGUUCAGGUGAAUCAGACGAUUCGUUCCCUUUGGAUACUCCCUUUCUCGACAGCUAUUUCAACGAAUCUCCACCUGAGAUUUCAGUAUUCGAUCAACCAAUGGGUCAAGUAUUUUCUGAAAAUGAAGAUAUAUUCAAUGAUAUGUUCUUGGGUGGUGAAAGUAUGAUGAUGAACAUUGGAGAGGAGUUUACUUCAUCCAGUAUCAAAGAUAUUGGUUCAAUGUUCAGUGAUUUUGAUGAUUCAUUGAUAUCAGAUUUAUUACUGGUUUAAUAUCAUCAGCCAAAAGAAGCUUCAGAGAAACCAUGAGCAAAUAUAUCUACGGCGUGACUGAGAAAUUUUGAUGUUUUUAAUUAUUUCUUUUUAAUUUUAAUAAUUUUAAAUUUUGUCUAAGCACUUGUAAAACAGUUUUAGAGAAAUAGUGGAAAAUAGUUAAUGAGUUUUGUUUUAUUGUUAUUUAAAUGUGUUGUUAGUUGCACGAACGUGUUUAGUUUUAAGUCAUUUUUUUAACAUUUGCAUUAAUUUAGUUUGUUGGUUAUUUAAUUUUGAAAAGCCAAAGUGGCAUUCUCUUUGUGAAUGUCAUACUAUGAGGCGCAAUUUACGGUCGUGGCCACUGAACAGAAGAGCUUUUGGGUUUGGUUUGAUCUGAUUUUUUUUUUUGACAAAUGUUAGGCUCUAUUAAUCAAGUUUGAGGUGGUUUGGAUAACUAGACCGAAAUAGAACAACCAAUAAAAUCAUAUAAUUUCUUUAUUAAAGACCAACUCAUUUUAAAAUUUUAAUUAAAAUCAUAUAAUUUCUUUAUUAAUUUAAAUUUAACUUGAUUGCAGUUCUAAGAGAUUUAAAAAAAAAUAUUUUGUUUUUAUAAAUAACUAUCAAAAUCCUACAAUCCAAAUGUCAUUACAAACUUGUGUUUCUUCUUUCCUUAAAAAACAUGAACAUUUCUCUUGAAAAAACAUGAACAUUUAUUAAUCUUUUAACAAAAUUGAUCAAUAGCUCUUUUGUAGAGUUAUAGAGUUUUCGUAAACAUAAGUUUUCGAUAACGCAAAUAUUUUAAUGGUGAAAGUUUUUGUUUUAAGUUGAUUUUAAGAUCUGACAUAUUCACAUUUUGGAUAAAUUACUUUUGUGCCUGGUGUCUAACUUAGGCGUUAUAGAGUUUGGAGAGUGUAUUUUUUUUUGGAAGCCACCGAAGUCAUUUUACAUGUGUAGAAUACUUCUAAACAAUGAUCGAUUCUUAACUUAUUCGGAAAACUGCAUCUCAUAUUUCAAAGGUAUAAACACCUACGUUGAAUUCAGCCUAUUUCAUCUUAGAUACUCGGUCCUAUCAAAAUUGAAACUAUCCAUAUAAAACAUCCGAAAUUAUAUUUCGCAUCAGAAUGUCAAAAACUUGUAGCAGUAAUAAACAAGUUACAUAUGCCGUAGACCUAUAAUAUCGAUAGACUAACCAUUUGCAAUGGCAUUUCUAAAAUUAGGUCUGACCAACAUAGCAUAAAGUUUUCCUAUAUAAAUUCCAAUAAUAUAUCAAGUAUCAAAGUAAUUGAGUUUCGUACUCUUUAUAUUAUAUCGUCAAGUUUCUUUUGGUCUGAACCAUUUACGAACUUAAUGCAGCAAACGAAGAUUUUGGACGUCGCUUUUUUUUUUCUUCCGUCGUGUUGGCUUGUUAGCUUCUUGCCGGUUGGUAUAUUUCUUAAAAGCACAAUAAAGAGUGAAAAGUAUUAGAAUUUUAUUUGAAAAUUCGUUCAAUGUCGGAGAAAAGUAGUUGAUACAUAAACGUUUCAAGCAAAAAAUAUUUACGUGGAAAAAAGUUAAGUACACACAUAGACCUUCAAUUUACAUCACAUUUAAUACAAUCUAUAUUGUCUUUUUUUUUUCAUUUUCCUCUCCACAUACGAUUUUUAGUACUACAAAUUGAAAAUACUGAUAGAUUUGGUUUUGUAAUACAGAGUGAUUACAUGUUUUUGGCUUUCGCUUUUGUGACGUGAAAGGACAUUGUCCCAAGAGGAUUUCAAUAAGGUUACCAAAUGGUCUAAUGGUCUGUUAUCGCCGAGACAGAGACAUCAUACGUACUCCUUAUUCGUUCCCAGCAAUGGUUUUUUUUUGUUUUUGUCCCCAGCAAUGGUUACCAUAUCGUUCUUUUAUUGGAUUCAACAAAAACACAAAUCAAAUAAUAUUUUAGCUGCGUUUAUUUUAUUCAAUAACAUAAUUAUACUGUUUGUGUUACUAUAGUUAAUACUUUUUAUUAAAAUAUUAUACAAAUUUUACACAAUAGUAUAUUUGAGUUCAACCGCUCACCCGUAAGCUUUUUACUUCGAAUGAUCACACCAUCAUUACCCACAUGAUAUAUAUAUAUAUGGGCUUAUUUGCUAAAUAACCAAAAAGAUAAGGGAAAUUAGAUUUUUAAAGAGAGAGUAGAAAGAGAUAGGAAGAGAAAGUAGGAGAUAGGGGGUGUUUUUAGUUAGUUAAUGAAUUUUAGUUUUUGUUGUGUAUAGUGAAUGCAAUUUCCCUAUAUAUAUAUAUAUAUUAUAGGUACGCAUUAUGUAUCGCUGAUAAGAAAAUCUAUCAAAUUAGUUGUGGUCUAAUCACAUUUUUUCUCUGUUGGUCAAAAAUGAAAAUUUCUAUCAGAUAACACAAAUUAACACGGUGAUCGUACGUCUCCAUAUUAAGUUGUGUUUAAGAUCAAGUUUUUUUUUUGAAAAAAGGUUUGUUUAAGAUCUAACAAGAAAAGAGUCUUAAUUUUGUUAAAUGAACGGUUUGGGAAGAACAAGUUCAAGUAUUGGUAUUUAUAUGUAAUUUUAUUUCAUUUAUUGUCAAAAAGCUCUCUAACAUCUUGAUCGAUAUCCAGUAUGUAAAUUCUACUCCAUAAUUUUCAUUCCUUAAUCUAUGGACUAUUCUGGCUUUUAUAAAACUUGUCAACGUUUAUAAUUAGUCUAUGUAUCACUUAAAAUCAAUUUGAAUUAAAUAUUCUAAAGAAUUAAAUAGUCUAAAGUAUUGGAGUCUGACAAAGAAAACUGUGCCUUAAAUAGAUUUAAAUUUAACCACCAGUUUCUAUAUUUACCGAAGGAGCCAAUGUUUUGAAGUUAUACCACGUACCAAUCAUGAUUAUUCCCAUUGAUCUUGAAUUAAACUAACAUAUCCAUAUACGAGUGAUUAUGGCUGUUCUUCUGUUUGUAAUUCACAAUAUGCAUAUAUAUAUAUAUAUAUAAAUUCAUACAUACAACAUUAUAUAUUUAUAUGUAUGAUGCAUGCUUGAUAGGGAUAUCUUAAAUUAGUGAUAAUUCACGUAUGUUAUAUAACAUGGGAAGCUAAGGAUCAUGAUGUCUCUCUACUCACGUGAGUUCUGUAGUUCUUUACAUUCAAUUUUUCCCACUUUUCGUAUCAUUUUCAAUAUGCAUAUGUAGUUCCUCUUUUUGGACUAUCGAAAAGGUCACCAUAUGCAAGUUGGUUUAGUUGGUUUUUCUUAAUAAAAAUUUCUACACUUUGAUGUAACUCUUUCUUUAUUUUUUCACCUUUAGCAUUACUUUGAGGCAUUUUUUAGCAUUAAGUUUUAACCGCCUUUAUACAAAUUAUUAUUGCGUAUAACCGCUUGUAUAACCGUGGCUUCUCGUCUACAGUUAAUAAACUCAAAAUUUGCCAAACUGGCGUAAACAAAAUACUAUUUUCAAACGAUUCUAACUUCGAAUCAAACCAAAAAAAAAAUACUUUCUUAGAUAUAAAUUGAAUAACAAAAUGUGUACUACGAUUGUGAAGCUCAUGGAAUCUGUCAAAUUCGUGAAAACUAAAUGAAAAUACUUGAAUAUCGAACAUAUAUCAAGAUAUUUUAGCUUAUUUAUUAAAGUAUUUCAAAACUAAAUUAUUUAAAUAUUUAUUUUAUUAAUUUUAACAUUAUAUUAUAUGUGUAUUUUGUAUUUUCAUGUUAACAAUAUUGAUACUUUUUAAUUUUACAUAAUAUAAAAUUUAUAUUGGGUAAUUUAAAAUAUUUUACUUGAUCUGGAAAAUGAUUUUACUUCAUCACACACAAAUGUUCAAAUAAAAAAUCAGAAAAACACACUAACGAAACUUACUAAUGAACAGAGAUUUGCUAACAAACAAAAAUUGGUCAAAGACUUUAAACGGAACUUUGUUGGCAUGAUGAGUAGCAACACCUAGACCCCUACCUCAUUGACACACUUUGUAAGCUUUUUGUAGCGUUUGAUAUAUAUGCAGAACAGAUGAAGCAAUUAUACAUAUAAAGUAACCAAUUAACAGCUUUUCAACCUGAAAAAAUAUAUAUAACAUACAAUAUUUUAGAGUAAUAAGAAAAAGUCGUAACAUUCCGAAUUAUGUAUGUGGAAAGCUUAAAGGAAUUUAUUUGACUACCAAUGUCACUAAAGUGCGCUUACUUUUUUCGUCACAUAUCCGUUUAAAACUCUAGAGUUAAGCGUAUUUGAGCUGAAGUAGUAGAAAGAUGGAUGACAUAUCCGAAAGUGAUAUGCAAUACCAUGUGAGUGAGGCUAAAGCACGAGAAAAUGUCAUGUGGUGAUUGCAUGGUCAAUAAACAUGAUUUUCGAGACUCUGAAAAAAUUAAUGCACUGCCAACAGAAUAGGAUCCACGGACCGAGUGAUCGGGCGUGGAUCGCCUAUUAGCCGUAGACAGUCGGGGCAUUAAAAACAUUUAGAGAAGUAUACGGUUAUCACGUACUAAACACUAUUAAAACAUAUAUACAUUAUUAUAUAUCAUGUUAGUCCAACUACGGGAUACAAAAUAAAAUUAGAAAAUCUUUUUUUCAAAAACUAGUGGUAGUAGCGUUGUCAAAAAAAAAAAACUAGUCGUAGUAGCUUGCACGCGAAACAGAAAACAUUUUUUUUUCAGUUGUGAAACCUAGCCAUUGGAAUCUGUUAUUCGGUUUGAUUACUAAGUUGAACAUCAGUAGUGUAAGUCGUUUUUAAUAGUCUUCUGAGAAGUAUACGGUUAUCACGUACUAAACACUAUUAAAACAUAUAUACAUUAUUAUAUAUCAUGUUAGUCCAACUACGGGAUACAAAAUAAAAUUAGAAAAUCUUUUUUUCAAAAACUAGUGGUAGUAGCGUUGUCAAAAAAAAAAACUAGUCGUAGUAGCUUGCACGCGAAACAGAAAACAUUUUUUUUUCAGUUGUGAAACCUAGCCAUUGGAAUCUGUUAUUCGGUUUGAUUACUAAGUUGAACAUCAGUAGUGUAAGUCGUUUUUAAUAGUCUUCUGAGCAUCAGGAUUGGAUCAUAUUCUAACGAGUAUGAGGAAGGCCGGCUUUCUAGCCAAAUUAAAAAAUUCAAAUGACAAAUAGAAAGUCGUUUUUAGUAAAGUCAGUGUUAAGUUUCCAUUUUAUUAAGAAUGAUUAGUUUGCCUCGCGAGAGGAAGCUGUCGAGGAGACGAAUGAAACGUCGAUCGACGACAUAGCCUUGGUGUCGAUCGAUGGUGAUGCCAGAACGCGGGCCGAGUAUAUUUUAAGACCGACUUUAGCCCAAAAAGCCACCACAAAUUACCAAAAUACUCAUAGACGACCUAAAACCCUGUUUAUGUGUUUUCUAACCCAUUUUUGGCGACUAUGCUUUCUUUAAGCUUUAUUCUAUCGUUUCUCUUAGGUUAGGAGAGAAGAUAGGAACUCAUUCAGUGUUCUUUUGGAACUCCUUUGGUUUUUAUAUUUAUUCUAUUGCAUCUAUUCAUCUAUGAUUUCUGUACAAACUUCAUGUUCGAGUAGAUCCACCUGCUAGGUUUAGGAUUAAUCAGGGUUAUGAAAGAUUAGCCCAAAAUAUAGAAUUGUUAGGGUGAUAAUUGAAUUCUUCACUAAAUUUUUCUUACUGCUUGUGUUCUAGAGUAGCUAACUAGAAUCCUAACAGAAGUUGAUAGAUUAUUACUUAAGUUUGAGUUCUAGGAUCAACCCUUAAUAUCGAUAUCAUUAUAAUUCUGAUAACCUGAAACCCUAAGUCUAGCAACCAUCCUUCCGUAACAAACAGAGUCUUGAUUUAUAAUCAACUGAACAACUGCAUUGUUCACUACUGCUUGCUAUAUUUACUGCCUUAGGGGAUGUUAGUGGAACUUAGAUUUCUAUAGAGUUUGUUGAUUUUAAAAUUUGAAAGAUUUGUUAAAUUUGGAGAGAGUUGCAGAGAAUUUUGUAUAUUGCAAAAAUCUAUGAAAAUAAAGUAAUGUAAUGAUUCUAAGAAUUCAAGUGAAACAUGUAGUAUUCUCAAAAUAUUGUUUUGUGAGUUAAAAUGUUAAUAAUUCAAUUGCCAAUAACACUUACUUUUAAUAGAUUUGUAGAAUCAUUAAAAUCUAAACUUUUUGAAUAACAAAUGAUUCUGUAUAGAAUUAUAGAAUCAUCAAACCAAUAACACUAGAUUUUAAAGAGAAUAUGAAAAUCUAUAAACCAAUAACACUAGACUUGAAAAUUCUAAGACUCAUUAUAAAUCCAAUUCCCACUAACACCCCCUAAUAAUACUGCAGGUACAUGCGAAGAAAUGAUUCUAUUAGCCUAUCUUAAUCACGAUUGAUUGAGUUUAUUGUGUGCCCACGCUCCAUGUGGAUAUGAUCCAUAAGUAUUACAACUCGACCUCUUAUUUGAGAGAGUAAAAAUCACUUCUUAGGAUAAUUUAAGUGGUAUCAGUAAGCAUGAUCAGUGAAUCAUGAUUUAUUGAAUGGGUCUAGGCCUUGGGUUUUACAUAGCUGAUGUUGCUAAUUUAAGCUGCUACAAAAAGCAUAAAACCUUGGCUGAUGUGAAAGACUAAUGUAACACAUAACUGGCUUCAUCUAUCACACCUGUUAAGUUAACAAAACAGACAUUUUGUAAAUCGAUUUUAAUGACAGUUUUCUAUUUGUUGUGCAUUAAAAACAAGAGAGAGAAAGUAAUAUUGGAGUUCGAUAUGGUAGUCAUUCAAAUAUCACGUAUGUGAUGCAAAUCACUAUUAAAUGGUGUAACUGCCAACUUAGACCACGGAAAUUACACAAACAAUUUGGUACAUAUAUUUUUAAGAAACAUAAAGUAACAAUCAAAUUAUAGUAUAUGUGAGGUACCACCCGGAUUUUUAAGAAACACAAAGUAACAAUCAAACUAUAGUCGACAUAUACCACCCGAAUUUUCUUGGCAUUGACGACACAUAUUUUUUUUUUAAUUAGAUCACAACUAAUCCUUAAUUAAUUAUGCAUUCAUCUCAUGUUAUGGUUCACCAUCAAAUAUAGAUAUAGGCACAUUUAUCUGAAAUUGAAAAACUUAAGCAAAGAACCACGUCUACUUUAGGUUGGAAAGAUCCUAUUAAUUAUCUAAAAAAACUCAUAUCUGUAGAAGCAAAAAUCCAAAAUUGAACUGAAACUGAUAAUCGAAUGAAUAUCCGAAUCCUUUAUAUAUUAAAGUACAAGCCACAUAUCCAAUAAAAUUUUGACAUAUGACAUAUACUUUAGAAUUUAA